AUGGAUCGUUUGCUUCGUUUGGGUGGCGGAAUGCCGGGCCUGUCUCAGGCGCCCCCUCCGUCGGACGCCCCCGUGGUGGACACGGCCGAGCAAGUGUACAUCUCGUCGUUGGCCCUUUUGAAGAUGUUGAAGCAUGGCCGGGCUGGGGUCCCCAUGGAAGUCAUGGGCCUGAUGUUGGGUGAAUUCGUUGAUGACUACACCGUGAGGGUGAUCGACGUGUUCGCGAUGCCCCAGACCGGGACUGGGGUCAGUGUGGAGGCCGUGGACCCCGUCUUCCAGGCCAAAAUGCUGGACAUGUUGCGCCAAACGGGCCGCCCGGAGAUGGUCGUCGGGUGGUACCACUCCCAUCCCGGGUUCGGGUGCUGGCUGUCGGGGGUGGAUAUCAACACCCAGCAGUCGUUUGAAGCCCUGAGUGAGCGGGCGGUGGCCGUGGUCGUGGACCCCAUCCAGUCAGUCAAGGGCAAAGUCGUCAUCGAUGCCUUUAGGUUAAUCAACCCGAAUAUGAUGGUCCUGGGGCAGGAGCCCCGCCAGACGACGUCCAAUUUGGGGCACUUGCAGAAGCCGUCAGUUCAAGCGCUGAUUCACGGUUUGAACAGACACUACUACUCUAUUAGUAUAAACUACCGGAAGAAUGAAUUAGAGCAAAAGAUGUUACUCAAUCUGCAUAAGAAGUCGUGGAUGGAUGGCUUAAUCCUCGCAGAUUAUAAAAAUAAUUGCGGGAUUAAUGAAAAAACAGUCGCUGAUGUUUUAGAAUUGGCCAAAAAUUAUAACAAGGCGCUGGAGGAAGAGGAGAAGAUGACGCCGGAGCAGUUGGCGAUUAAAAAUGUCGGGAAACAGGAUCCGAAACGGCAUCUUGAGGAGAAAGUUGAUUUGUUGAUGACUAAUAAUAUUGUACAGUGUUUAGGGGCGAUGUUGGACACGGUUGCGUUUAAAUGAAUUUUUCUCAAACUUGUCAUCAAUUGAAUUGUGUUUUAUAACUUAUUUUAAAUCAGGAUUUUUUCUAAUUAAACGAUUUACAAUU